CAAUCCGGAGAACAAGUAUCAAGAAGAUCGUUGUAAGACAUCCUUUUUCUGUUCUAGUACUCAAUUUCUGUCGCCAUYUGAUUCGUAUUCUGCAUCUGAGGCCAAUGCAUAUUCUCUAACSGCUUAUUGCACUUGACCUUUUAAACUUUUCCUGAAAGCUGAAUACUGAUUAUGAUCAUGAUGGGUCAGACAACGAUGGGAAUGUCAAGGACGAAGAGCUCCAACCUACUGGUUUAAGAAUCGGUCGAAUGGUAGACGCUAUCGAAUUUCCCGUCGGCGACUGCAAAGAGAAAGCAUACACCGUGGAAAGGGGAGACCAGGAGAAGAUCGACGACAAUCAUGUGAUCGAAAGCGGCCCUGGAGACUUCUCCRAAGGAGACACAGAAUCAAAAGGCGAAACUCGCAUUGGAUCGAUUGCGUCCRAACUAUCACGGGUUGGUGUCAGAAUAGCAAAGAAGUUUUCCUCUCGUGUGUACCUCGGUCGGGUUACGGAUGUGUACGAUGCCGAGACAGAAAAUGCAACACCUCUAGCCGAGGAUUUUGAUGGCGAUGUUUUCUACCACAUUCUGUACGAAGACGGMGACGAGGAGGAUUUCACGUACGAAGAAUUGCAGGAAGGAAUCGCCCUCUACUCCGAUGUACCAAAACGACGAAGACAGAAAUACGAGAAUCGAACAAACUUAGUAACACCAACUYCUGGGAUGACAUCGAAGACAUCGUCUUCCUUUCUGCCAUUGUAUAGCGAGAGGACGCCGAUCCACACACUUAUUCUCGGAACACAUCCCGGGAGGAAUUCCCUAAACAACAACCAAUACUUUGCACAUCGAUCGAAUGCAUUUUGGUGGAUAGCUGGUGACUGUUUGGGCUUUAGGAGGGACACUGGCGAAAAAAGAGUCGAGGGCGAGUACAUGAAGUUGUGCGCGGAUCUCCGGUACGACGAAUCACACAUUAUUCCUUACCAUGAUCAGGUGAAUAUUUUGUGUCGCCACGGGUUUGCUCUUUGGGAUGUUAUCGCCAGCUGCGACCGCCACGGAUCUCUCGAUAGCGCCAUCAAAAACGACAAACCAAAUGACAUCSAAGAAUUCUUGAGGAAACAUCCAACCAUCAAAACGAUUGCAUUUGCUAAUGGUAAAAGUGGCCUCGCUAUCUUCUAUCGACAUUUCCACCAUUUGUUCGAAUCUGGAGUAUUGGCACUGGAAACUACUUUUGARGGACCUUGGUCGAAUUUCGGUCCACUGACUUCUGAUUUAGGGGGAGACAAAGCAAGCAAUCCAUUGAACAAAGAGAACGGGAUCAUCAAGUGCAAAUGUGUUCCGAGCGUUUCACCGGCUGCCACGAACAUGACUUACAGAGAAAAACGCGAUACUUGGGACACGGUUGUGUUCUCUCCAGGGCUGAAUUUUCAUCAGCAACUAUCUGAAUUGAAUCGAGCUGGCUCUGCCACAAACAAGAAGUCCCGUGGCCAAAAUUACUUUCCGAUGGAGUUACUGAACAAAGGCGGUCGGAUUGGAAUGUACCUGCCCGAGGCUCGAAGGCACCGCAUUGCUAGGUUUCAUGCAAAACGCAAGACGAGACGCUGGGGAAAACGCAUACAAUAUGACUGCAGAAGCAACUUUGCUUUGAGCCGCCCUCGAAUCCAUGGUCAGUUUGUAAAAAAAUCCCACGCGGAUUUGGAGCUAUAAUGCAACGGUGCCAUGCUGCCGUAUCUGCAUUUUGUGGUGUCCAACAAAUGUGAGAAUGGAAU